CGGGGCCGGCUCUGCGCGGGCGCGGCCGGCGCUGGGCUCGGGGGGAGCCUCCCGCCCGCCCCCCGCCCGCUCCCCGAGCCGCCCGCCGCCACUUCGGCGGCUCCUCCGAGCAGCACCGCGGCUCCGGCUGCCGGGGCCGCCGCCGCGCCGAGCCACCAAUGCGGGGGAUACCGGCAGGGAGGCAGCGGCACCGCGGCAGCGGGGAGGGCAGGUGAACUCCGGGGAAGGAUGCUCGGCGUCGCCGCGAUCGUCUUUCUCCUGCAGCUCUUGCCCAAGGCGGAGGGACAGGUCUUCGCAGGUGGCUGUUCCUUUGAUGAGCACUACAGUAAUUGUGGCUAUAGUGUGGCCUUGGGGACCAAUGGAUUUACCUGGGAGCAGAUCAAUACCUGGGAGAAGCCAACAAUGGAUCCUGCUGUCCCAACUGGCUCCUUCAUGAUGGUCAACAGCUCUGGGCGGGCGUCCGGGCAGAAAGCUCACUUGCUGUUGCCUACGCUGAAGGAGAAUGACACGCAUUGCAUCGACUUCCACUAUUACUUGUCCAGCAGAGACCGUUCGAGUCCCGGCUCUCUGAAUGUCUACGUGAAGGUGAACGGAGGACCGCAGGGCAAUCCCAUAUGGAACGUCUCGGGGGUUGUUACAGAAGGAUGGGUGAAGGCAGAACUUGCCAUCAGUACAUUCUGGCCACAUUUUUAUCAGGUGAUAUUUGAAUCUGUCUCUUUGAAAGGACAUCCAGGGUACAUUGCUGUGGAUGAAGUCAGAGUUCUCGCCCAUCCAUGCAGAAAAGCACCUCAUUUCCUACGACUUCAGAACGUGGAGGUUAACGUGGGGCAGAAUGCGACGUUCCAGUGCAUCGCUGGGGGGAAGUGGUCCCAGCACGACAAACUGUGGCUCCAGCAGUGGAACGGAAGGGACACAGCAUUAAUGGUCACUCGAGUGGUCAACCAUAGACGUUUUUCUGCUACUGUCAGUGUAGCUGACACCUCUCAACGCAGUAUCAGCAAGUACCGAUGUGUCAUUCGUUCAGAUGGUGGCUCUGGAGUUUCGAAUUAUGCGGAAUUAAUAGUGAAAGAGCCCCCGACUCCUAUUGCCCCUCCUGAGCUGCUGGCUGUCGGAGCCACGUACCUGUGGAUCAAACCCAAUGCCAACUCCAUCAUUGGAGAUGGGCCUAUCAUACUGAAAGAGGUGGAGUACCGGACGACCACCGGGAACUGGGCGGAAACACACAUUGUAGACUCUCCUAAUUACAAACUGUGGCAUUUGGAUCCUGAUGUGGAGUAUGAGAUCAGAGUGCUGCUCACUCGCCCUGGAGAAGGAGGCACAGGACCCCCUGGACCACCACUCACCACAAGAACAAAGUGUGCAGAUCCUGUCCAUGGCCCGCAAAAUGUGGAAGUUGUUGAUAUUCGCUCCCGGCAGCUCACGCUGCAGUGGGAGCCCUUUGGUUACGCGGUCACCCGCUGUCACAGCUACAAUCUCACGGUCCAGUACCAGUAUGUGUUUAACCAGCAAAAAUUUGAGGCAGAGGAGCUCAUCCAGACAUCUUCCCACUACACCCUGCGAGGCCUGCGGCCCUUCAUGACCAUCAAUCUGAGGCUGGCCCUCUCUAACCCGGAGGGCAAGAUGGAAAGUGAGGAGCUGGUUGUGCAGACCGAGGAAGAUGUUCCUGGACCCGUUCCCUUGGAAUCCAUCCAGGGAGGACCUUUUGAAGAGAAGAUCUAUGUUCAGUGGAAGCCUCCGAAUGAGACAAAUGGCAUCAUUACACUCUAUGAGAUUACAUACAAGGCCGUUGGGUCUCUGGAUCCCAGUGCUGACCUGUCCAGCCAAAGAGGGAAAGUCUUCAAACUAAGGAAUGAAACACAUCACCUCUUUGUAGGAUUAUACCCAGGGACUACGUAUUCAUUCACCAUCAAAGCCAGCACAGUCAAGGGCUUUGGGCCACCCAUCACAACACGGAUUGCAACUAAGAUUUCAGCACCAUCGAUGCCAGAAUACGACACGGACUCCCCCCUGAACGAGACUGAUACUACCAUCACGGUUAUGCUGAAGCCUGCUCAGUCCCGGGGAGCACCUGUCAGUGUCUAUCAACUUGUUGUCAAGGAGGAGAAGCUGCAGAAAGCACGGAGAGCUGCAGACAUCGUUGAAUGCUUCUCUGUCCCAGUGAGCUACAAGAACGCUUCCAGUCUUGACUCACCGCACUACUUUGCAGCCGAGCUGAAACCCAUCAACCUGCCCGUCACACAGCCUUUCACGGUGGGCGACAACAAAACCUACAAUGGCUACUGGAAUGCUCCGCUUUCUCCUCUGAAAAGCUACAGCAUAUACUUCCAGGCUCUUAGCAAGGCAAAUGGAGAAACAAAAAUCAACUGCGUCCGGCUGGCAACAAAAGGAGCUUCCACCCAGAAUUCCAAUGCAGUGGAACCAGAAAAACAAGUUGACAGCACAGUGAAAAUGGCCGGAGUUAUAGCUGGUCUCCUGAUGUUUGUUAUUAUCCUCUUGGGAGCAAUGCUUACCAUCAAGAGAAGAAGAAAUGCAUAUUCCUACUCCUAUUACUUGCAUUCAAGCCAAUGUUUUAGGGGCCUCUCUGUCUUCUACAGGACCAGGAAGCUAGCCAAGAAGCAGAAGGAGACUCAGACCAGCACGCAGAGGGAGAUGGGUCCCGUGGCUACUUCUGACAAGACCUCUACCAAACUGAGUGCUGUUCACAAUGAAGAAGCUUUUUCUUCCAGCUGCCAAGAUGUUAAUGGAUUCAUAUCAUCAGACACUGUUCCAUCGACCACGCUGUUAGACAGUAGCCAUGGAGAGAUGACCCAGCCAACCCUGACUAUCCAGACCCAUCCGUACCGGAGCUGCGAGCCGGUGGAAAUGUCCUACCCCCGGGGGCAGUUCCAGCCAGCCAUCCGAGUGGCCGACCUGCUGCAGCACAUCACCCAGAUGAAGCGAGGACAGGGCUAUGGAUUUAAAGAGGAGUAUGAGGCGCUACCUGAGGGGCAGACAGCAUCCUGGGAUACGGCCAAGGAAGAUGAAAACCGCAAUAAGAACAGAUAUGGAAACAUAAUCUCCUAUGAUCAUUCAAGAGUGAGAUUGCAACUGCUGGAUGGGGACCCUCACUCUGACUACAUAAACGCCAAUUACAUAGACGGUUACCACCGGCCUCGCCAUUACAUUGCAACUCAAGGGCCGAUGCAAGAGACAGUGAAGGAUUUCUGGAGAAUGAUUUGGCAAGAAAACUCUGCCAGUGUUGUCAUGGUCACCAACUUGGUGGAAGUGGGCAGGGUAAAGUGUGUUCGGUACUGGCCAGAUGACACAGAGGUCUAUGGAGAUAUUAAAGUCACAUUAAUUGAGACAGAACCAUUGGCAGAGUAUGUCAUACGCACAUUUACUGUACAAAAGAAAGGCUACCAUGAGAUCCGAGAGAUUCGGCAGUUCCACUUCACCAGCUGGCCGGACCACGGGGUUCCUUGCUAUGCCACAGGCCUCCUGGGCUUUGUUCGCCAAGUGAAGUUUCUCAACCCGCCAGAAGCAGGACCCAUUGUGGUACACUGCAGCGCUGGGGCUGGGAGAACAGGGUGCUUUAUUGCCAUCGACAUCAUGCUUGACAUGGCAGAGAAUGAAGGUGUGGUGGAUAUAUUUAACUGCGUGCGAGAGCUGCGAUCCCAAAGGGUCAAUUUGGUACAGACGGAGGAGCAGUAUGUAUUUGUCCAUGAUGCCAUUUUGGAGGCAUGUCUCUGUGGCAACACGGCCAUUCCAGUUUGUGAGUUCAGAUCCAUAUAUUACAACAUCAGCAGACUAGAUCCACAGACGAAUUCCAGCCAGAUAAAAGAUGAGUUUCAGACUCUCAAUAUUGUGACACCACGUGUUCGGCCAGAAGAUUGCAGCAUUGGUCUUCUGCCAAGGAACCACGACAAGAACCGCUGCAUGGAUGUGUUGCCCUUGGACCGGUGCCUGCCUUUCCUCAUCUCUGUGGAUGGUGAAUCGAGUAACUACAUCAAUGCUGCACUCAUGGACAGCCACAAGCAACCUGCUGCCUUUAUUGUAACCCAACACCCUUUGCCCAACACCAUAGCAGACUUCUGGAGGCUGGUGUUUGAUUAUAACUGCUCCUCUGUCGUGAUGCUGAAUGAGAUGGAUGCAGCACAGCUCUGCAUGCAGUAUUGGCCGGAGAAGACGUCCUGUUGUUAUGGCCCCAUUCAAGUAGAGUUUGUUUCAGCGGACAUUGAUGAAGAUAUCAUCAACCGGAUAUUCCGGAUCUGCAACAUGGCCCGGCCUCAGGACGGAUAUCGCAUAGUUCAGCACCUUCAGUACAUUGGCUGGCCAGCAUACAGGGACACCCCUCCCUCCAAACGUUCCCUCCUGAAGGUGGUCAGAAGGUUGGAGAAGUGGCAGGAACAGUACGAUGGGAGAGACGGACGGACUGUGGUCCACUGCCUGAACGGCGGAGGACGCAGCGGCACCUUCUGUGCCAUCUGCAGCGUGUGUGAAAUGAUUCAACAGCAAAAUAUCAUUGAUGUGUUCCACAUAGUGAAAACAUUACGGAAUAACAAAUCCAACAUGGUGGAGUCACUGGAACAGUAUAAAUUUGUAUACGAGGUUGCACUGGAAUACUUGAGUUCCUUCUAGCCCAGCAGAGGAAGGGGAGCCUCUGAAAUGCCAGACCCCAAUCUCUGGCAGAUGCUUCUCCCCUCUCCCAUACUGGAAGGCAGUAACAAGUGUGGGAAGAAUAAACCUCUCCUUCCCGGAGCAAGAGACUCAGAUUGCACAGACCUCGCUGGAAGGAGGAGACAAUGCCUGUGUUUGCUGCUGCCUGCUUUCUAUCAGAACAUCUACCGCUUCUUAAAUAACCUACUGUAAAAAUUAGCAAAAUGGGAGACAGGCUGAAAGACUGGACUUUCUAAUCCCCUCUGACUUCUUCUCUCCUCUUUUGGAUUGUAUUUUUGCUCAUCUUGCUGCAGAGUGGGGAAGGAAUGAAACCCUUAGGAAAUGCUCUUUUAAAUGUCUCUUUUUAAUUUAUAAUUUUGUUCUCAAAUCCCAGUCUUUAAUUUUUUAAUUUCAUGCAGCAGUCAUUUGGGAAAAAAUGAGAUAGCCAUAGGGGAUAUAUGAAAUGUUUCAUUACGAUUUGUCUACCUUAUCUGUUUCAUUUUACUUGUUUUUCCAAAUGAAAAGGCCAACA